AUGUCUGACAACAACAACAACACGCGGCUGCUCUCCCUCGCAGAUUGGAAUGCUCUCUCCACAGAGCGAAAAUUUGAUACUAUAUACCACGGGUUCCUGUCCCUGACGCAGGAGAAUGCCGGCUUCCGGCGUGAAAACGCCGAACUCAGGCGUCGUGUGGCCGAGCUGGAGAGCCAGCAACAGCAACAGCAACAGCAGCAGCAGCAAGCUGCUCCCGCCCCCGCUCCCACCACCAUCACCACCAUCGCCUCUGCCUCCUCCUCCUCCAGAGCCGUGGCCACCACCACCACCACCGCCCAAAAGCGGUGUUAUAAUUGUGACGAGCCGGGUCACAUCAAGAGGCAUUGCCCUCAGAACCGGGCCGGCCGGGCCGACCCACCCGCGCCGUUCGAGACUCCCAAGUACUAUGUCACCGUCAUUGACGCUCCCAACCACCGUGAUUUCAUCAAUGACGUUAAAAUUGAACCACAAGCCGGCAUUAUAGACUUUGAUGCCGUGUGGAAUGCUCUGAACGAUUACGUGGAGCAGCAUCAGCAGCAGCAUCAGCAUCAGCAACAAUGGCAGGCUACCCUGCCGCCUGUUUUGGUCGAGCCCUCGCCGCCACCACCGCCCAAAAGCGGUGUUACCAUUGUCAUGAGCCAGGGCACGCGAAAAGACAAUGGGAUAAGGGGGUAUGAUGAUAACACAAUGGCUUCAUGCCACACAUUUCGCACUGCGUAG